GUUAGUGAUGUUAGUCAGACACUUAUUGUUGGUGUGUUAAUGUCGAUUAUUGUUGGAAGGAAAGUGUAGUUAAAGUGGCUUAAUUUUGCAUUAAUUUAUACUUAAUCACUGCCAGCUGUAAGUUAAAAGCCUUAAUUAUCACCCAGAGCAGUUUUAGGGCUUGAACUAACUCCUAGAAAUUAGACACAGUGUGUUGUUGAGUUCUGAUUAGUUUUAAUACAACUGAUGUGCAUUAGGUGAAAUGGUAAACACAAGACGCACAGAGUCUAGUGGGUUGGCCACAGAUAAUGGCCCUCGCUACCGGACAAGGACUACAGUACCUAUAUUGGGUUCUUCUUGUGAAUCAGACAGUGGAGGGCAAGGAGAAGAAGAAGAAUCUGCAGAUGAGGAAGAUUCCUGGAGUUCACAGGGAAAACCCAAAGUAAUAGCAAUCAAGAACAAUAAACCAUUAGUACCUCCAAGAGUUAGGGAAUUGAGGAAUCGAUUUGUAUGUGAAGAGAGAAAAUUUAAUCCUCUAAAUAUAUUUAAGCGGAACUUAAGAAGUUCAAGGAAACUAUUAGCUGUAAAUGAUCGAAGACCUAAACUAGCAGUUUAUUCCUCGCAUAAAAUGCGUGAUGAAUUAGAAUCGGAAGAUGAAUAUUACAACUCACAUCGUCAUUCUCGGAGGAAUCAUUAUGCUAAAUCCCAUUUAUCUAGACUGGAAAGACGAACUGCCUUAUCACUAAGACCAAUAACAAGGAAGUCUUACAAAGAUGAUGUUGAUAUUGCUACAUGUAAUUCAGAUGAAAGCGAUUGCACUAGGGAUAUUGCGGAAGUGAGAAGAAGCACCAGAAAAAGGAGUAAUGGUCACAGCAUGUCUUGGUUAACAGAUAAUCAAAUGCAUAAAGUCGGCUAUCCGAAUUUAGAUUUGGAUGAUGAAGAUAGUAGAGAUGUCGAGGAUCAUCAUACGGCUGGUAACCACAGAAGUACAAGAAGUAAAAACUUGUCAUAUUUGUAUAGUUUGAAGACUGAGGAGAUGCAUUCCACGCGCAAUGGCCAAGUAGAGUCUCACGAUAAAGAGAACAAGAAGGAUAAUAAUAUUAUAAGUGGAAGAAGCAAAGCGAGACGGGUUAAAGUCGAGGACAAAGAGGAGACGUUGCAGGCCGACAGUCAAAGUGAUAUUAAUGAUACCAAUGCUGAAGUUCGAAAUAACCAAUCGAAGACUCCCGUAUGUGAGAGUGGAGAGGAAAAUGAAAAGGUAAAUGGUAAGAUUAGCAAAGGGGUGAAACGAGAACAAGAAAAUAAUGUUGAUGACAAGAAUGAAGAUAAUGAAGAUGAGGACAACGAAGAAAAAGCUCAAGAAGAGGAAGAUGAUGAACACAAUUCUGAUGAAAAUAAGCCCGUUGAAGAUAUGGGUGAAACAUCUGAAAGUGAAGACGAAAUAAUUAAGCGCAGAACUAGUAGAAGGAGGAGAAAUAAUUUCCCUGAUACUACAGGUUCGAAAAUAAUUGAUAGCUCCAGCUCAUCGGAAGUCUGCCGGUAUUCCUUGCGAGAUAGAUCAAAACCAAAGCAAUCCACCAUAACUCUGAGGGAAAGGUCGGUUCAUUCCAGACAUAGAUACACGAUUCGUAAAAUCUCCACUGAUUCUCGAUCAAAUGACUCUAGUGACAAUGAGGAAAUGUGUAGAAAAAAUAACAAAUACAGUAAAAAUCCAAAAGGACAACAUUCAAAGAACGAUCAGCUAAAAUCUGGUGGAAAUAAUGUUAUACCAAUUGGGCCGGACACUUUAGAUCCGGGCAUUAACUUUAGUAGUGUUGGCGGUUUAGAUAGUCAUGUUCAAUGUUUGAAGGAAAUGAUUUUACUUCCAAUGAUUUAUCCAGAAAUUUUUAAGAAGUUUCAAAUUCAACCUCCUCGCGGAGUACUCUUUCACGGACCCCCAGGUACUGGAAAAACUUUAUUGGCACGUGCUUUAGCCAAUGAAUGCUCGUUUGGUUCUAAAAAAGUGAGUUUUUUCAUGAGGAAGGGCGCUGAUUUGUUAAGUAAAUGGAUUGGAGAGUCGGAGAAGCAAUUGCGAUUGCUAUUUGAAGAGGCUGCGAAACGGAAACCAUCUAUCAUUUUCUUUGACGAGGUUGAUGGUCUUGCGCCAGUUCGAUCAUCAAGACAGGAUCAAAUACAUGCCAGUAUAGUGUCGACGCUUUUAGCGUUAAUGGAUGGUUUGGAUAGUAGAGGAGAGGUCAUUGUAGUUGGAGCUACCAAUAGAAUAGAUUCAAUAGAUCCUGCUUUGAGAAGACCUGGCCGAUUUGAUAGGGAGCUGUUCUUCCCGUUACCAGCACGCAAAGAAAGGGAAGAAAUAUUGAGGGUACAUGUAUCCCAAUGGGCGACUCCACCAAACGAUCAAUUGAUUUCGUACUUAGCUGAAAGUGCAGUUGGAUAUUGUGGUUCAGAUUUAAGGGCACUGUGUUCCGAGGCUGUGAUACAAAGUUUUAGAAGAAACUAUCCGCAAGUUUAUAAUUCCAAUCAUAAACUUCAGGUGGAUUCAGAGAACGUUAAAGUAGAAAAAUUGGAUUUCUUGAGAGCGAAGUCCGUGUUAGUACCUGCAUCGCAUAGGGUCACAGUGACUAUAGGCAGAAAGCUAUUACCUGUUUUGGAACCAUUACUUCAAGAACCACUAGAUCACAUUCUUAAAACGUUGGGGCGUUCUUUCCCUCAUGGGCUCGACCAGAAUUUAGCCAAAGUAAAAGUUUCUGCUAGUGUGAGACCUGCUCAAAUGCUUCUCCUGGGUAACGGUUACACCCAUGGACAGUCAUAUUUAGCAGGUGCCAUCAUGCAUACCAUGGAACACAUUCAUUCACAUAUAUUAGACUUGAGUUCAUUACACAAAGAGUUUGGAAGAUCUGCUGAAGAAGCCUGCGUUCAAGUUUUCCACGAAGCCAAACGGAAUGUACCUAGCAUUAUUUACAUUCCCAAUAUAGAUCUGCUCUGGAGGUUGCUUAGCGAUACUACCUUGGCCAUCUUCGUGGCGCAGCUUAUCCAACUAGAUCCAAACAGUCCGAUCCUUAUUUUAGCCACAGCGGAUAGUUUGUACGAGGACAUCCCCGACCAGAUUACUAAUUUAUUUUCGCGAUAUCGGAACGAAGUAUACGAGAUUCAAGUACCCGACGAGGAUAGGCGAAGGAACUUCUUUAAACCAUUAAUUGUGGACGCCUGUUUGAAACCACCCAAAAUUCCAAGAGAUAAUAUGCAGAGUCCACCUCCGCUCCCUCGAGCUCCGACACCUGAGCCCGAUGCACUUUCAGAAUCUGAAGCCAAAAAGAUGUACGAAAAGGAAGAAUCAACGAUGGUGGAACUGAGGAUAUUUCUACGCGAUAUGUGCAAGAAAUUGGCAUCAAACAGAUUAUUCUAUAUGUUUACCAAACCUGUUGAUACCAAGGAGGUUCCUGAUUAUACCACAAUUAUUAAACAUCCGAUGGAUCUGGAAACGAUGAUGACUAAAGUAGAUCUACAUCAAUAUGAAUGUGCUAAAGAUUUCUUGGAAGAUAUAGAGCUGAUUUGUCACAAUGCUUUAGAAUAUAAUCCGGAUAGGACAUCAGCAGAUAAGCAGAUCCGACAUAGGGCUUGCAGCUUGCGAGACUACGCGUACGCCCUUAUCAAGAAUGAGAUGGAUAGCGAUUUCGAAGAUAAGUGUCAAGAUAUAUCGGUACAGCGCAGGAAGCGUAAAGUCAAAACGAGAGAUUACAUACCACGAUAUUUGGAUAAGGUUUGCAAAAAUGAGAUUGAUGAAUCCAAACAGUGCGAAGAUUCGAAGCCUUCGUAUACUCCAUCAAGAGUUGGCAUAUCUAAGAAACGAAAGAUGAACUCUUGGUGUCGGGGGAUUUUAAGUAAGAGGCGAAAGAAGUCUAGUCCUUCGAAUGAUAUGCAGAAUGGAGACGUAAAUCACGAAUUGGACGACAAAACUUCUGAGGAGACCGAGAACUCGAAAGAAGCAGACUUUGGAAACAAUACGGAAAUGUCGGUAGAGGAAAACUUGUCUCCUAAUCUAACGGAACCUCUAUCUGUUAAUUGUGAUACAACAACUAUACACUUGAAAUCGAUUCAUACGCCGAACAGUCGUAAGUUAUGCGAUCUGAUGAGUCCAUCAGAGCUCUUGGGUGACCCAUUAGAUUUCGAUGACGUGGACCAAGCUUUAAAUGAGAACAGUAAUUCUGUCGAAGAACAGAAAGUAGACAUAAAUGAAGAGCAGUUGAAAGCCGUAUUAGAAAAGGCCGUUACCAUUACCACCGACCAUGCACUUCAAUCAUUGUUGGACUUGCAUUUUCAGCUUAGCAGGAUCGUCAAGGAAUUUAUUGGACUAAGUAACAGAUCAAAAUUGCCAAAGAAAUUGAGAAAGGAACUCAAAAGGUAUCAGGGUGAAAACAACGUAGACGUUGUGCAACCAAACAAAAAUAAUACAACGGAUUGCUAAGAGGAACUAACCAUAACCGAAUCAUCACUGCCGAAUUAUUUUUAUAUACAAAGGGAUAGGAUUUUAUGCGGCCGCAGUAUUGUUUGUUUUUUUAGAUUACCUUAAAUGUAAUUACUUUUAUUCCAUUCAUUUUUAAUGGGUACUUUGAUUGUUUACCGAUUUUCCUUUUCAUUAUCUCGUCGAUAAAAAGAAAAUAAAAGAAAGUCGUUCACUGCCAGAUUUCAGAUGUAAGAGAUGAAAGAGAUAUAGCUUAAACAUAAUAUAUAAUUAUCGCAUCUUAUUUUCUUGAUGUAUUUAUUAAUUCUUUUCUUUCGUUUAGUGAUUAUUACGAUUAAUUUGUAUUUAAAAGAAACAAUAUGAGAUAUAUGUAUAAUUUUUCUUUAGU